AUGUCUGAGGGCCUCCUUACUAAAGACGAGGGCGUGAAAGCCCUCAUGGCCUACGUCAACUCCGGUUCCGCAAUCGGGCCUGUGGGAAAGGGAAAGGGGGUCGGUUACUCUCUCAUGAAGUCGUCACCAACCUCUUUCUCCUGGUCGACAGCAAUCGAGGACUUUGAGGGAUCCGACACUCCUGUUGAUCGUUAUCUGAUAAAGAUUGAUAGACGAACCAAGGAAUUUAGCACCCUAGAGCCCAUUGUGCUCUCCGAAAGGGAACUUGCGGAUGCAGUGCUUGCGGCGACAGGCCAGCAUCUGUCUUCUUGGACCAGAUUCGCCGAUGGCUCGAUGAGUAUCUCUUACAAGGUCACUGUCAAAGAAGAUCCUGACGUGGCAUACGUGGUGCAGAUACGCCAUUAUGCUUCCGUUGCUUCUAUGGACGCGUUCAUGACGUUAAUUUCGAGAACCAUCAGUCCCAGCGUCUUGCCUAUACCGCCAGUAUACCCGAUACCAGGAGAAUUGGCCAAGUGGUUUUUACCGAUUUACGCCGGAUUGUCGCAUGAAGAAAGACUCAUUUUUGUACAAAAUCUGGCACUCGCCUUCUCGGCUUGUUGGGAAAUCCAACUACCAGAACCUCGAUUGAUUGGCGAGCUAAUUGCAUCUAAUGUCGACGGUCAUAUCACUCUGCGAGUCAGACCUGAUCGACAGAAUGGACUUGGCGGUCCAUUCCAUUCAGUGCGUGACUAUCUCCGCGCGUAUAUCAAAUGCUGCCUUGUCCUUCUCGAAAAUCAACAAGGCAUUGAAGAGUACAAAGAGAAAUAUCUUCAUCGCAUAAGAGACUUCGUCAAUACCCGUUUGCAUGAGAUACCAGCCGUCGUCGAGACAGUCCCCAUUGUCGGCAUGCAUGCAGAUAUGGGUCCUCACAACAUCAUUGUGUCGAACCAGACACCCACAGAGAUCCAAGCGAUUAUCGAUUGGGAAUUUUUAGAGAGCGCUCCAUAUGCUUCACUCUGCCGGGAAAUGGAGAUGUUUUUCCGUGAGCUUGCUCCCAAUGGAUUCGGUCCAGAGUAUGAACGUGCCGAUGAAUUACGCGAGGCCUUUUGGAGCAGUAUACCCAACUGGAAGCGAUGGAAUGAGAGCGAGGCUACGCAAACAUUCUUAGAGUGGUUUAGAUUCGGCCUGUUCAUGAAACCGGAAUACAGACCAAAAGAGCUAAUCGAUGAGGAGAGGGACAAAUUUUGGGUGGAGAAUAUUCGAGUUGUUGAAAGCAUGCUCGAAUUGAAUGAGGCAAGCAACGCCUAA